AGAUGGAGAGGGACACCGGCUGGCUGGCUGGCUAGCUAAUCAUGCCAACUUGCAGAGCUCAAAUCUUUGCUUCUUCUUUUACGACGCCCUUUUCUUGCGUUUUCCCUCCCUUUAUAACCACCACCACCACCACCUCGCCUCCCUCCCGCUUCUGAGCCGAGCCUUCCUUCCUCCUACCACGGCAGCACGCAACCACUAGCCAAGAACAGACCAAGAAGAAUCCUCCGGACCUGAUCGAGAUCGGCCGAUGACGACGGGGGAGAUGGUGGAGGCGGCGGCGGUGCCGCGGGUGGUCUCGAUCCUGUCGGCGCUGCUGCAGCGGGUGGCGGAGCGCAACGACGCCGCCGCGGCGGUGGAGGAGGCCGGGGCGUUGGCGACGGCGGAGGGGCGGCGGCGGCCGGUCUCGGCGUUCCAGGGGCUCACGAAGCCGGCCAUCUCCAUCGGCGGGUACCUGGAGCGCAUCUUCCGCUUCGCCAGCUGCAGCCCGUCCUGCUACGUCGUCGCCUACAUCUACCUCGACCGGUUCCUGCGGCGCCGCCCCGCGCUCGCCGUCGACUCCUUCAACGUCCACCGACUCCUCAUCACCUCCGUCCUCACCGCCGUCAAGUUCGUCGACGACAUAUGCUACAACAACGCCUACUUCGCGCGGGUGGGUGGCAUCAGCCUGGUGGAGAUGAACUACUUGGAGGUUGACUUCCUCUUCGGCAUCGCCUUCGACCUCAACGUCACGCCCGCCGCCUUCGCCUCCUACUGCUCCGUGCUCCAGAGCGAGAUGGCCUACCUCGACCCGCCGUCGCCCGUCGACGCUCCGCGGCUGCACUGCUACUCCUCCGCCGGCACAUCCGAUCACCACCACGACGAUCCCGCCACCGCCGCCACGGCCGCCGGCUGCCACCGUCACAGUCAGCAGCAGCCGCAGCUCACCGUAUGAUCGCCCGAUGAGACCGGUCGCUCGACGGAGCCGUUUCCCUUUUUUGUCCUGGUGGUGUCAGCUCGGCUUCCUGCUCUUCGUCUCCUUCCUCCCCUCUCCGCCCCGCUGUUCUUCUUCUUGGUACAUAGGUGUUGGUCGUUCUCGUUCCUAGUGACCUCCGGGGUACGUAGUCUCGUUUAGGUGGAUUGGAUCAUGGAUGGGGUCUCGGCUCGGGAUUUUUGCCAUUGUUCGACGGAUCGUGGAUUGAAAUGGAUGGAUCGGCCUGGGAUCCGAUUCGAUUUGGCCAUUGUUA